GAAAUAGUAAGACACGUUAAGGCAGACGCUUCGUCGAUUAAUUGCGGCUAGUUAUUAAUUUUAAAAUUCUUCUUCACAAGUAACCGGACAUUGCUGCGAAUAUAGAAGAAAAUUUUCAAAAGGCAAUUGCGUAUACAUAAUUGUGUAAGUGUUUUUAAAUUAAUGAGAAAGAAGAAAGUGAAAAUUUUUGUAAAACACAUUAUGAAGUAAAACUAUUCACGUCAAAAAGUCAUUUACGUGUAGAAAUUUCCAUCAAAACCUGAAAGCACUAUUCCUUCCGUAAAGUUUUAACAUCAACAAGAUUUCGUACAAGUAAAGAAGGAUAAAGCGCGGAAUCUGUACAACCCAACGUCAUUACAAACUAAAGGCCUGUUUCGCCGGAAGAAACGGCAAGGGUAAAGAUAUCCUAUUCCACUAUAUUCGGAGUUUCGGAUAAUCUUCAAAGUUACGAAAAAGUGCAAAAAAGAAGGAGAUAUCCAUCAUGCAGAAUGGGAGCGGUGCGGGGACAAGCAGUGGUCUAUCCAUUGAACAAAUAUAUCAAAAGAAAUCGCAGUUGGAGCACAUCCUCCUGCGUCCGGAUACCUAUAUUGGUUCCGUCGAACACACGAAGGAAUUAAUGUGGGUUUAUGAUGAGGAAAAGAAACGUAUGGUGCAAAGGGAAAUAAACUUUGUUCCAGGUCUUUAUAAGAUAUUUGAUGAAAUCUUGGUUAAUGCUGCGGAUAACAAACAACGCGACAAAAGCAUGAAUACCAUUAAAAUUGACAUUGAUCCCGAAAAAAACACUAUAUCUGUGUAUAACAAUGGUCAAGGUAUACCGGUGACAAUACACAAAGAGGAGAAAAUAUAUGUGCCCACCAUGAUUUUUGGUCACUUACUGACGGGUGCCAAUUUUAAUGACGACGAGAAGAAAGUAACGGGUGGUCGAAACGGUUAUGGUGCCAAACUAUGUAAUAUAUUUUCAACCAGCUUUACUGUUGAGACCGCUAGUCAGAAGUUUAGAAAAAGCUUUAAGCAAACAUGGACUAGCAACAUGACCAAAACUGACAGAGAACCAAAGAUUAAAGAUUUUGCAGGGGCUGAUUUCACCAGGGUUACCUUUAGUCCAGAUCUGGCGAAAUUUAAAAUGGAUCGUUUGGAUGAAGACAUAGUAGCUUUGAUGUCACGAAGAGCUUUUGACAUUGCAGCUUCUUCCAAAGGUGUGGCUGUGUAUUUGAAUACGAAAAAAUUGCCUAUAAAAAACUUCAAAGAAUAUAUUGAUCUAUAUGUUAAAAAUGAGGAGGAUUCGGGUCAGCCAGUGAAAGUUGUUUAUGAGCAAUGUGGGGAGAGAUGGGAAAUAGCUUGCUGCCCGUCCGAUCGCGGUUUCCAACAAGUGUCAUUUGCUAACUCCAUAGCUACCACGAAAGGUGGCCGUCACGUUGAUCAUGUGGUGGAUAAUAUUAUCAAACAAUUGUUGGAAGUUUUAAAGAAGAAGAAUAAGGGCGGUAUUAACAUUAAACCAUUUCAAGUGCGCAAUCAUUUAUGGGUAUUCGUUAACUGCUUAAUUGAAAAUCCUAAUUUCGAUUCUCAAACUAAGGAAAACAUGACCCUUCAAGUUAAAAGUUUCGGAUCGAAAUGUACAAUAUCUGAAAAAUUUAUAACCGCUCUUGCCAAAUCAGGCAUAGUAGAGUCUGUGUUAUCUUGGGCCAAGUUCAAAGCAGAAAACGAUAUAGCCAAAACGGGAGGAAAAAAAUCUCAUAAGGUCAAGGGCAUACCUAAAUUAGAAGAUGCUAACGAAGCAGGUACUAAAAAUUCCAUUAUGUGUACAUUAAUUUUGACGGAGGGUGACUCAGCCAAAUCCUUGGCUGUUUCCGGCUUAGGUGUUAUUGGUCGCAAUUUUUACGGUGUUUUCCCUUUGCGUGGUAAAUUGCUGAAUGUGCGUGAAGCCACAUUUAAGCAGUUAGCCGAGAAUGCUGAGAUUAAUAAUCUUUGCAAAAUCAUCGGUUUGCAAUAUAAGAAAAAGUAUCUAACCAUGGAUGAUAUUAAAACAUUACGUUACGGUAAAGUGAUGAUCAUGACCGAUCAGGAUCAAGAUGGUUCUCACAUUAAAGGUUUGCUAAUUAAUUUCAUUCACACAAACUGGCCAGAAUUGUUACGCUUACCGUUUCUGGAAGAGUUUAUAACUCCGAUUGUUAAAGCUACGAAGAAAAAUGAAGAACUUUCGUUUUAUUCAUUGCCAGAAUUUGAAGAAUGGAAAAAUGAUACUCCCAAUCAUCAAACUUAUAAUAUCAAAUACUACAAAGGUUUGGGUACUUCCACUUCUAAGGAAGCUAAAGAAUAUUUCCAAGAUAUGGAGCGCCAUCGCAUCCUGUUCAAAUACGAUGGUUCCAAAGAUGAUGAUAGCAUUGUAAUGGCCUUCGCCAAGAAGCACGUGGAGACGCGUAAAGAUUGGCUUACUUCCCAUAUGGAUGAAGUUAAGAGACGUAAGGCUCUGGGCCUACCAGAACGUUAUCUCUAUACGAAAGGAACCAAACAUGUCACUUAUGCGGAUUUUAUAAAUCUUGAGCUGGUUCUUUUCUCAAACGCAGAUAAUGUGCGGUCAAUACCAUGUCUAGUUGACGGCUUUAAACCUGGUCAGCGUAAGGUAAUAUUCACAUGUUUCAAACGUAACGAUAAACGAGAAGUAAAAGUUGCGCAGUUAUCUGGAUCCGUGGCAGAAAUGUCCGCUUAUCAUCAUGGUGAGGUGUCUUUGCAAAUGACUAUAGUCAAUUUGGCACAAAAUUAUGUGGGCUCGAAUAAUAUAAACCUAUUGGAGCCAAGAGGUCAAUUUGGUACCCGCUUAACUGGCGGCAAAGAUAGUGCUAGUGCUCGUUAUAUUUUUACUAUCUUGUCCCCGUUAGCACGUCUUAUAUUUCAUCCUGCCGAUGAUGCGUUGUUAACGUACGAAGUAGAUGACGGUCAAAAGAUUGAACCUCAAUGGUAUAUUCCAAUUAUACCAAUGGUGUUGGUUAAUGGAGCCGAUGGUAUAGGAACCGGUUGGUCUACAAAAAUUCAUAACCAUAAUCCCCGAGAUCUAUUGGCCAAUAUAAGGCGCAUGUUGGCGAAAGAGGAGCCUUUGCCUAUGCAUCCUUGGUAUAAGAAUUAUCGCGGUAGUAUUGAAUACAUAUCUGAUGGGCGUUACGUAACCUCUGGAAAUAUUCAAAUUUUACAAGGCAAUAAAAUUGAAAUUUCUGAAUUGCCUAUAGGCUCAUGGACUCAAGUAUAUAAGGAAAAUGUUCUAGAACCGCUUUCAAAUGGAAACGAAAAGCAAAAGGCUAUAAUUAAUGAAUAUCGUGAAUAUCAUACUGAUACCACAGUUCGGUUUGUUAUUAGUUUUGCUCCUGGUGAGUUUGAACGCUUGCAGUGCGAGGAAGGCGGUUUUUAUCGUGUCUUCAAACUAAGUUCUUUGUUGUCAACAAAUCAAAUGCAUUGUUUCGAUGAAUCGAAUUGCUUGAAACGAUAUUCCACUCCGUUGGAUAUCUUGCGAGCUUUCUUCCCCUUGCGGCUGGAGUUUUACGGUAAACGAAAAGAAUAUUUGGUGGGCCAAUUGGCUGCUCAAGCUGAUCGUCUUACCGACCAGGCUCGUUUUAUUAUGGAAAAAUGUGAUCGUACUUUGGUGGUGGAAAAUAAGAAGCGCAAAGUCAUGAUUGAUGAACUAGUUAAACGGGGAUAUCGUCCAGAUCCAGUGAAAGAAUGGCAACAACGCAUAAAUAUGCAAGAAGAAGAGGAGGGCGAUGAUGAUGAAGAAGAAGAAGAUGCCAAUAGUAGUACUGUUAAAAAGGAGAAAAAGGAAGUAGAUCCAGAGAAAGCCUUUCGUAAGCUCACCGAUGUUAAGAAGUAUGAUUACCUCUUAGGCAUGUCUAUGUGGAUGUUGACUGAUGAGCGUAAAAACGAGUUGUUAAAACAACGGGAUCAAAAAUUGGCCGAAUUGGCUGCUUUGAAGAACAAAACUAUUGAAAUGCUGUGGCUCGACGAUCUUGACGAAUUUGAAAAGAAACUAGAUGAGGUCGAGGAAAAAGAACGACUCGAUGAAUUAGGAAUAAAUAAGAAGCAAUCGAAGGCGUUAGCCAAAAACAAAGCAGCGUCAGCUGCUGUUUUGAAAAAGCGGGGUAGUGCAAAGGAAAAUUCCGACGUCUUUCCUGAUCCUCGUGGUAUUAAGGUGGAAUUUAAGGUCACUGACGAUCUAUUGAAAAAAGUAUCGGCUUAUGCCGCACUUAACGCCAAAAUUAAAAAAGAGAAGGUUGAUAAGAAAACUAAAGACGGUGUUAAACAGGAGCCAGAGGCAGACGAAUUUGAUGCUUUGGUAGAGGGUGGAACAAAAGGACCGAAAAAUUCCCCAAGUGAAACAGCGACGGCCAAAGUAAAGAAAGAACCUGUUGUCAGAAAAGCGCGAACUAAGAAAGUUAAUGGUGGAGAAGACGGCCUAAAGCAAUCAAAACUCAACUUCAAACCAAAAGGGCGCAAAAAAAAAGCGAACGCAAGUGAUGAGGAAAGUGCUGCUGCUAUGUCGGGUAGUGAUGUUGAAAUGAAUGUCUCGGUGGCACCGCGCUCCGAUCGUCCUGGCCGUCGUGCCACAUCCAAGAAAAUCAAUUAUUCCGGAUUACUAGCAUCUGAAGAAGACGGUAGUACCGACGAGGAUGAGUUGAUUUUUAAAGAUAACGAGGCUGAUAAGGAUACCCAGAACAUAGCAAAAAUCACUAUCGAUGAGGAUUCGGAUGUGAUGAGUGGUUCGGACUCUUCUCCCAACAAAAACAAAAACUUUAGCAAAAGGCCUCAUAAAAAGGCCUUAUCCCCCAGUGACAGCGAAGACGAUAAAAAGAAAAAGAAGAGACGCGCUAUGGUGGAAAGCGAUGUCGAUGAUGAUGACUCUGAUUUCGAGUAAUUGAAUUGCGUUCGUUCUUUUAUACGUAAACGCAUUGAUAGGAGAUUUCUUUAUAUUAUUUUUUAUAUCCCACAUU